ACGUCACAUGGAUGUAUGCUUGUUUCUUUUAGGCAAGCUAAUGAAGAAUAUCAAGUUCUGGCUAAUUCGUGGCGCUAUUCGUCUGCUUUUUCAAACAAGCUGUUUUUCACAAUAGUGGAUUAUGAUGAAGGAGCAGAUGUUUUUCAACAGCUUAAUAUGAACUCUGCUCCGACUUUCAUGCAUUUUCCUCCAAAAGGUAAACCCAAGAGAGCUGACACAUUUGACCUGCAGAGAAUCGGAUUUGCGGCUGAACAGCUAGCAAAAUGGAUAGCUGACAGAACAGAUGUUCAUAUUAGAGUGUUCAGGCCUCCAAAUUACUCUGGUACAAUUGCUCUGGCUCUUCUAGUAUCACUUGUUGGUGGAUUGUUAUAUCUACGAAGAAAUAAUUUAGAAUUCAUCUACAACAAAACUGGCUGGGCCAUGGCAGCUCUGUGUGUUGUAUUUGCUAUGACAUCUGGUCAGAUGUGGAAUCAUAUCCGUGGACCCCCAUAUGCUCAUAAGAAUCCUCAGAAUGGACAAGUGGUAAGUUAAUUCUUUUAAUUUUUUUC